AUUAUUUUUGGGAACAUGACCAUUUUUGUAGUUAUUCUUGGAAAUUCUCAUUUACAUUCUCCUAUGUACCUGUUAUUGAUAAACCUUUCUGUCAUUGACAUUGCCUACACCUCAACCAUUCUGCCCAAUGUAUUAAAGAAUCUACUAACUCAACACAACGCUAUUUCAUAUGUGGGGUGUAUGACUCAGCUGUAUUUUUUUAUUUCCCUUGCUAGUACUGAGGUCAUCAUACUUGCUGCCAUGGCGUAUGACCGCUAUGUGGCCAUUUGUCACCCACUCCAUUAUGUUUCUCUCAUGAGUUUAAAACACUGUAAAGGCCUUGCAGCGUCAGCCUGGGUUAUUGGCCUACUGGACCCAGCUGGGCACAUUGCUCUUUUAUCUAAGCUAUCAUUUUGUGCCUCUCAUUGUAUUAACCAUUUCUUCUGUGAUCUCUCACCACUUCUUAAAAUCUCCUGCAGUAACACUGAGAAUGUUGAAAUGAUGAAUUACAUUGUAGGGACACUUCUUACUCUUGUCACUUUCCUACUUACAUUGAUAUCCUAUAUUUUAAUUAUUUCCACAAUAUUAAAGAUAAAAUCCUCCCAUGGGAGACAUAAAGCAUUUUCUACCUGUUCUUCUCAUCUCACUUGUAUUAGUAUAUUUUAUGGAACCAUAAUAUGUUUAUAUAUGAGACCAGCAUCUAGUUAUUAUCCAGAACAAGACAAAUUUUUUGCCCUAUUGUACGUUGUCUUGGUGCCAUUAUUAAAUCCUAUAAUCUAUACUCUAAAAAAUCACGAGUUUAAAGAUGGUGUAAAAAAAUUACUGCUUGAGAUGAAAUGAAAGAUUGAAAUGUAAAU